CCUACCAAAAUUAUUGUCCUUUUUUGGUUACAACAUCUCAAUCUUAUAUUCUCCAUACCUUAAAACCCAAAAACUAAAAUUAAAAAUAAAAAUCCCAAAUUGACAAUUGGAUCGAAAACCUCGGCAACUCAAUCAGCUCCGAUCAGUCGAAAUUCGACGGACUCCGAUACUCAUCGCCAUAUUUUCGGCCGCCGACGAGGACUGCUCCGUCGGAGCUGACGCUGUAGAAGAAAUGAAUAGCCGGGGCUCUUCCAACCGGCUAUCAUCCACCUCCAAUUUCCUAUCUCGAAUGUCGUUUCUAAUGCUCUCUAUGUUCUCUACUAUGGCUGCUGUUUAUGUCGCCGGCAGGUUGUGGCUGGACUCGGAGAAUAGAGUAUAUAUUAUUCAAGAGCUUGAUAGGAGAACCGGACAGGGCCGUUCAGCUAUAUCCGUAGAUGAUACACUGAAGAUCAUAACCUGCAGGGAACAACAGAAGAGGCUAGCUGCACUUCAGAUGGAACUGGGCAAAGCCAGUCAGGAAGGUUUUGUGUCAAAGCAUCUACUGGAUAACAAUGAGAAGGAUUCAAAGAAAAAGCUUCUAGUUGUUAUAGGUGUCUCUACCAAUUUUAGCAACAAGAAAAACAGAGAUGCAAUUCGUAAAGCAUGGAUGCCUAGUGGUCCUGCUCGUAAAAAAUUAGAGGAGGAGAAAGGUAUCGUAAUUCGAUUCGUCAUAGGAAGAAGUUCAAAUCGUGGAGACAGUUCAGAUAGAGCCAUUGAUGAUGAAAGCAGGCAUUCCAAUGACUUCAUCAUUCUUAAUGAUCAUGUGGAAUCCCCUAAAGAACAAUCAAAGAAGACAAAGUCAUUUUUUGCCCAUGCUGUUGAACAUUGGGAUGCUGAGUUUUAUGCCAAGGUCAACGACAAUGUCUAUGUUAAUUUAGAUGCUAUUGGAGCAGUACUUACCAGCUAUUUGGAUAAGCCUCGUGUCUACAUAGGGUGUAUGAAAUCUGGCGAAGUUUUUGCACAGCCGGAACAGAAAUGGUACGAGCCAGAGUGGUGGAAAUUUGGGGAUGGAAAAUCAUACUUUAGGCAUGCUUCCGGUGAAAUAUUUGCUAUAUCGAAGGCCUUGGCGCAAUUUAUUUCUAUCAACAGAUCAAUACUUCGCACAUAUGCUCAUGAUGAUGUUAGUGCUGGAUCCUGGUUCAUCGGCCUUGAUGUGAAGCAUGUUGAUGAAGGGAAGUUUUGCUGCUCUUCCUGGUCUUCAGGAUUUGUAUGUGCAGCAGCUUGAUUGGAUUUCCUCUUUUAGUACAUACAGAGAAUCAGUCACUGGAGAUCAUUCAAUUUGUGAAGACCAGAUCAUUUUUUCUGCACUUUGCUUUUGGGGCCCUGUACAAAGGUGCUUGAAGUUUUUAACUCCAAUCGUGAAGAGCUCCGUGGUAGAGAAAGCACACACCUUAGUUCGUGACAUCACCAUGCCCUCGAGGAAUGUACAGAGGGUUCUUGGAGUGUAGGGACUAUGGUCAGAAAAAUUCCUUGCAUGAUGAUGUAUUCAUAGAGUGCACAUUGUCCAUUAUUUAAUCAUGAUAUCAUUUUUAUGGAGAUAUAAAGUUUGUUGAACUAUGUGGGAAUUAUUGAAUCUCUUAAGAUUGCUUCAAUAGCAAUUUCAAAUAUGACAUUA